AUGAACAUCAUCAUGAACAUCAUCAUGAACAUCAUCAUGAACAUCAUCAUGAACAUCAUGAACAUCAUCAUGAACAUCAUCGUGAACAUCAUUGUGAACUUCAUCGUGAACAUCAUCAUGAACAUCAUCAUGAACAUCAUCAUGACCAUCAUCGUGAACAUCAUCAUGAACAUCAUCAUGAACAUCAUUGUGAACAUCAUCGUGAACAUCAUCGUGAACAUCAUUGUGAACAUCAUCGUGAACAUCAUCAUGAACAUCAUCAUGAACUUCAUCAUGAACAUCAUCAUGAACAUCAUCAUGAACAUCAUCGUGAACAUCAUCGUGAACAUCAUUGUGAACAUCAUUGUGAACAUCAUCGUGAACAUCAUCAUGAACAUCAUCGUGAACAUCAUCAUGGACAUCAUCGUGAACAUCAUCAUGAACAUCAUCGUGAACAUCAUUGUGAACAUCAUCGUGAACAUCAUCAUGAACAUCAUCAUGAACAUCAUCAUGAACUUCAUCAUGAACAUCAUCAUGAACAUCAUCGUGAACAUCAUCGUGAACAUCAUUGUGAACAUCAUCGUGAACAUCAUCGUGAACAUCAUCAUGAACAUCAUCGUGAACAUCAUCAUGAACAUCAUCGUGAACUUCAUCAACAUCAUCAUGAACAUCAUGAACAUCAUCAUGAACAUCAUCAUGAACUUCAUCAUGAACAUCAUCAUGAACAUCAUCAUGAACUUCAUCAUGAACAUCAUCAUGAACAUCAUCAUGAACAUCAUCAUGAACAUCAUGAACAUCAUCAUGAACAUCAUGAACUUCAUCAUGAACUUCAUCAUGAACAUCAUCAUGAACAUCAUGAACUUCAUCAUGAACCUCAUCAUGAACUUUAUCAUGAACAUCAUGAACUUCAUCAUGGACAUCAUCAUGAACAUCAUCAUGAACAUCAUCAUGAAAUUCAUCAUGAACAUCAUCAUGGACAUCAUCAUGAACAUCAUCAUGAACUUCAUCAUGAGCAUCAUCAUGAACAUCAUGAACUUAAUCCUGAACAUCAUCAUGAACUUCAUCAUGAACUUCAUCAUGAACAUCAUCAUGAACUUCAUCAUGAACUUCAUCAUGAACAUCAUCAUGAACAUCAUCAUGAACUUCAUCAUGAACAUCAUCAUGAACAUCAUGAACAUCAUCAUGAACAUCAUGAACUUCAUCAUGAACAUCAUCAUCAACUUCAUCAUGAACUUUAUCAUGAACAUCAUCAUGGACAUCAUGAACUUCACCAUGAACAUCAUCAUGAACAUCAUGAACAUCAUCAUGAACAUCAUCAUGAACAUCAUCAUGAACUUCAUCAUGAACAUCAUCAUGAACAUCACCAUGAACAUCAUCAUGAACAUCAUCAUGAACAUCACCAUGAACAUCAUCAUGAACAUCAUCAUGAACAGCUGA